CCUGUAGUUGUAAUAGAUGUCCCAGCAAGAUUGAGUUCAGAAGAUGUGCUUUGUGGACUGACGGUAGGAGGUGAUGAAGACCUUGAAUUCUAUAAAAAAAACUUUGCCUUAUAGAGGGUGAGCCCGCAAAUUUCGAGGUCAUCUGUGUUUUGCUAUCGUAACUUCGCGGUAACUUCUGCAAAAAUUCCAAGUGGUAAAAUCAGGCGUUACUUCAUUGACGGAAAUGAGCAUCAACCUGGUGGAAACACGUCCAAAAGUCACAUGUGAACAAGCUAUCCAUCUCUCAAAAAAUAUAUAUGGUGUACACGUGCCAUCCACAUCAGUCUCAUUAGUAAAGGAGCUCAUAAGCUAUGAUGACAGGAACUUCUAUCUUCAAGGUUUCAUCCAAAAUGAGGAACAAGAACCUGCAAAUCUAAGGGGAUUUCUACUCAAAGUGAGCAACCCUGCAUUUUCGAAAUCACAGUCUAUCCUUAAAGGAAACUCUGACUUGUUGCUUUAUCUCAGUAAGAGAGACAUUACUUGUCCAGUGCCUUAUUCCUCUCGAAAUGGAGAGUUACACACCAUGUGUAAUUUCUCAGGUCAACUUGGCAACGCAACAGCCUGCGGCAGCUACAAAGUAUUGUCGAAGGAUGAGGACAAUGCGGAUGGUGCCUGUGCUGUUAGAUUGUUUAGCUAUGUGUCUGGGAGCUUACUGGAGAAAGUUGCGCUGACGGAAGAUGUUCUAUAUGACUUGGGAGCUAGUGUCGCAAGCAUGCAUAAAGCAAUGAAGGAUUUCAGCAACACAUAUCCAUCAAUCCAUGAACUCAGUCGUGAUAAUUUCAUCUGGAAUAUAAGGAAUGCCCCACGUGUAGUCAACAAGCUAUCCCAUGUAUUUGAUUGUGGAGUGAAACUAGAUCUUAUCAACACUGCCAUGAAAAGAUUCCAGAACAUUCUAUCAAAGCUGGAUACUAUAGAAAAACAAAUUAUCCAUGGAGAUAUGAAUGAGAAAAACAUACUAGUUCAGGAAAAAUUAGACAAAAAUACUUUUGGAUUUAUAGAUUUUAAUGACUUCUAUUUUUCCAAUCGUGUGGUGGAUCUUGGGAUAGCUCUUGCCUACAUUAUGAUGCUUCCCCAGGUGAAUUCUCACUUGACAAGGCCACAAGCUGUAGGUCACAUGUUUGCUGGCUACCAAUCGGAAUGGCCUCUGCCCAAAGAGGAGGUUGAGAUGUUGGGUGCUAUUGCUGCAGCGCGGUGCUCACAAUCACUCGUGGUUGGUGCGUAUCAACAUGCCUAUGUACACCUAGACAAUGAGUAUUUAUUAGUGAGUCAAAAGGGCAGUUGGAAAGCUCUGAAUAGUCUUGUAAACACAGGCGAGUUUGAAGAGGCUAUCAUGGCGCAUGCGCAAGACAAGGUAACACAGUAGUUGCAUAGAAAACGAUGUUCAUGGUCAUGCCUUUAUAUAACCCAACUUGGUUAGGAAGUAAAACUUGGGAGAUGCAAGACUGAUGAUGAUUAAUGAUGAUGAUAAAGAUGAUUGAUAAUCAUAUUAAUGAUGAUGACAUUUAUAAAGGAGGGUGCUAGGGAUAUGAUAAGUGACAUUUUUUAUCAUGUCAAUAUGAUGAUAAUAAUAACGAGGAAUUGAUAUGGAUGAUGAUGAAGAAGAAUGUUGAUAGUGAUGGUGAUGAUAAGUGAGUGUAAUAGGGAUAAUAGUAAUAAUCACAGAAAUUGAAGAAACAACCAUUGAUUCCAUCACUUUUUUUAUUUUUGAAACUGCACAAUAAGACUUUCAUAACUUCACUCAGCAAGAAAUUUUUUUGCGAAGGCAGCCAUACAAUCUUUUUUAACAAAAAACGUUUUUAUAACAAUGUUCAGCCUGAGAUUUCACCAGGUUUUUAGUACGUGAUAAAAAAGGCCGAUGUUUAGAAAGAAGUAAAAUAUUUUUUAUCAAGAGUAAUACAUACUAAGGACGCAGAAUCAAUGUUUUAUAAAAGCUAGAAAUGGCCUUGAAAUGAAAAUGGCCUCAGUGUAAUGACUGCGUUCCUUUUUUUUCAAAAUGAUUUUAUACUAUUUUCUGAAUUGAUUAAAAGUGUUAUCAUUUAAAGUAUCAAAACUA